UCCCCGCUGGUUCAGUGCUGCGCACAAGCUCCCCGGACAACUCUGCGACUCCACCACCAAGAAAAGUUCGUCAUUGCUGUGCCAUGGCACCUGGACUACACGAACACAACAGUCAAGGGUGGACCCGCAAAGCAAGGGCACUGAACCCAUUCUUUGCAAAAGAGCACAUUGUCAGGUACACUGAAAGCAAAGGCGCUCUAAAACAUCGAGGUGCUGGCCUACGGCUCUUUACAUCAGGCCACCUACAGAAGUUGAUGUUCUCAACCGAAGAUACAGCAGAGACCAUUGUGAAGGCACAAGUGCUAGCAUCUAUGACAACACGGACAGCAUACAGCGUUGGGGUGAAGUUGCUAAAGUGCGAUGGAGAAGUUGUCAGUGGCAACUGCUCAUGUGUUGCUGGGAAAGGUGGAGUGUGUAAACACGUUUGCUGUGUUCUGUACGGGCUGAUGCACAUUGCACAGCACGAUCUCACUGAGGUACCAGAUGCCGUGGCAUGCACUGAAGGCGAGCGGCAGUGGUACAAUCCACGGGAUCCAAAGAAAGUCGCUGAACAAUUUGAACAGAUUGUUUUCUCUAAAGACACCACUGAAAGGAUUAGCGAGGCACCAAGGCAUCACAAAAAACGAGCAGCGUACUCGUCACUGAGAAGUGAAGACCAAAAACUGUCCACAGUGAGCCUCAUAAACUUGCAUGGCAAGCUGAAAGAUUCAAAGCUGGAUUGCUUCGCGGAUGUGCUUGAAGCAAAUGACUUCUUGCCAGCAAAACAAAGAAAAGUUGAGAGCCCAGAUCCCGAAGAUGUGUCUCGACUGCCUGUAAGGUGGCUGGAGCGAGCAAAGCAGGGGAAUGCUUUGCUGCCAUAUACAGAGGAAGAAGUUGCAGCCGUAGAGGCGGCCACACGACCUCAAAGUGCUUGCCUUCUUUGGCAUAGAUAUAGGGAGGGUGUCAUCACCGCGUCGAUAGCACAUAGAGUACACACUUGGGUUAGGACAUGCCAAACCAAAAUGGGGCCACAUGAUGCCCGACCUCUCACUGCGGCAGUGAUGGGAGCAAAAAGCAGGGCAACAUUUGCCAUGAAGAGGGGUCUAUUGUGUGAGCCCGAAGCCAGACAAGCGUUUCGAGACCAAAAUGACAGCCACGUGGAACUGCAAGUAAUUGAGACUGGCCUCUUCCUCUCUCGUCAUCACACUUUUCUAGGCGCAAGCCCAGAUGGUCUUGUAAAGUGCAAAUGCUGUCCGCCGCGGCUACUUGAAAUCAAAGUUCCCCUCAGAGUUCAAGAUUUUGCCAGAACGCAGUUGCAUGCUGGGGAACUCAAAAGGAGCAGCAGGUAUUACACUCAGAUGCAAGUGCAGAUGGGUGUGACUGGCCUGGACACCUGUGUGCUGUUUGUAUACAGCAAGGAAGAGUGCUUGCAAAGUGUCGUGCCCUUUGAGAAGAGUUUUUUUGACGAGUUUGUGAAACGUUGCGAAUUUUUCACCACCAUGUACUUGCUGCCCCACAUUGCGAGCAACUGUUGAAAUAAAUCUAUGAAUGAAUGAAUGAAUAAACCUUU